UCGACGUCCUUUCAUCACAUGUACGAAAUUUUGUACAUGGACUUUCUGUCAUGCUUUGUGGUAAAAAUUGUGAAAUAACACUUUACGGGAAUGAUAUGAACUUUGAUACUCAUCUCAUGGUUUAAGUUGAUCCUAAGACAUUCUGUUGAUUUAAUAUAUUUUUAUCAAGGUAUUCACUGGAUCUUUUUCCCGCCCCGAGUUAGUGCGGAAGUCAGAACUGAGUCUAAAUUUAGGGGUGGAGUAAAAACAGAAAAGAAAGCGUCUUCAAAAUGUCAGGAGCAGCAGAACCAGAAACGGCUGCCGAUCGGAAUGUCGAAAUGUGGAAAAUUAAGAAGCUUAUUAAGAGUUUACAAGCAGCAAGGGGGAAUGGUACCAGUAUGAUAUCUCUCAUCAUACCUCCAAAAGACCAGAUUCCAAGGGUAGCCAAAAUGCUGGCGGAUGAAUUCGGAACGGCUUCCAAUAUCAAGAGUCGUGUCAACAGGCUUUCAGUUCUUUCGGCCAUUACGUCUGUACAGCAGCGAUUGAAAUUGUACAACAGAGUACCUCCAAAUGGACUUGUAAUUUACUGUGGGACAAUUGUCACAGACGACGGCAAGGAGAAGAAAGUGAACAUUGAUUUUGAACCCUUCAGGCCUAUCAACACCUCCCUAUACCUAUGUGAUAACAAAUUCCACACAGAGGCACUCACAGCUCUUCUUGCUGACGACAAUAAAUUUGGUUUCAUUGUGAUGGAUGGUAAUGGCGCCCUCUUUGGUACACUGUCGGGCAAUACGCGAGAUGUGUUACAUAAGUUUACCGUAGAUCUACCGAAGAAACACGGUCGUGGUGGUCAGUCGGCUUUACGUUUUGCUCGUCUACGAAUGGAAAAAAGGCAUAACUAUGUACGGAAAGUCGCUGAGACCGCAGUUCAGUUCUAUAUCACUAAUGACAAGCCAAAUAUUUCUGGCCUUAUUUUAGCUGGUUCUGCAGACUUUAAGACGGAACUGAGUCAAUCGGACAUGUUUGAUCCGAGGUUGCAGACAAAGGUGUUGAAACUUGUAGAUGUAUCAUACGGCGGUGAAAAUGGCUUCAAUCAAGCGAUAGAACUGUCAGCUGAAGUGCUUUCCAAUGUCAAGUUUAUUCAAGAAAAGAAAUUGAUAGGUAGAUACUUCGAUGAAAUUUCACAAGAUACCGGCAAAUAUUGUUUCGGUGUUGACGACACAUUGAGGGCGCUUGAAAUGGGCUCUGUAGAAACACUGAUUGUUUGGGAAAAUCUAGACAUUACACGAUACACACUAAAGAACCAUUCAACAGAUGAUGAAAAAGUUCUUCAUCUAAACCCUGACCAAGAAAAGGAUAAAACUCACUUUAUUGACAAAGAUACUGGUGUUGAGUUAGAGUUAUCAGAGGCACAAGCUCUUCUGGAAUGGUUGGCAAACAACUACAAAACAUUUGGAGCUACUCUAGAAAUUAUUACAGAUAGAUCACAAGAAGGCUCACAAUUUUGCCGCGGAUUUGGCGGCAUCGGUGGCAUCCUACGUUAUCGUGUUGACUUCCAAUUAAUGUCCUACGACAACUCGGACCUGGAUGAUUAUGAUGAUGACUAUUAAAUAAAGCAAAGUAAAUAGAGAGUUGAGAAUCGCCAUAUUGGUUGCAUCCUCACAAGGCAAAUGUAUUAAGACCUGGUUGCUGCUAUUAUAUCUUCCAACAUAUGUCACAAACAGUGCUCCAAAAAUAAGUUUCACCUAACAUUCACUGAGUCAGGUUCACUGAUUGAUGGUUCAGAAAAUACAUAAUUUUUUUAAUAUACCACUUCUAGUGAAGUGAAGAAAACAGCCAAGUUAUAGAAUUACAGAUAAUUGAAAGCCAGUUAUAGAUUCCUUCUGGGAGUGAUAUUUUGGCCUACCUGAUGUGUUUUCAUACCAAUUACUCAGUACAUUCCCAAAUACUUGCGGGGAAAAAAUCCUCUGUCGUCAUCUAAUUUUCGAUUAGAAAUAUGUAUGAAAUUAAAUAUGAACGUUUUGGCAAAAUAUUGUGCAUUUGAAUACCAGUGCAACUUGAUUCAGAAAAGGUCCCUCAUUUUUUAUUUAUGCUUAUGAAUUUAUGAUUUCACAUCGCUUUGAAUAUUACAAAUAGAAAUGAUUAAAAUCAUAAAAAGUUUUAUUCUACUGCAUUAUUCAAACUUGAUGAAGCAUUCAGUAAUAUUUUUUUCUUAUCCCUGUAUUAAUCAUGGCCUUACCAGAGAGUUCAGUUUCUUAGAUAAUGUAGGCUUGUGCAAGAUUGUAGCUUGCCUAAUUUUUGGUGAAUAUUUUUCCGUCCUGGCUUUCAGCUUGUUUGAUUCACAAUAAUUAAACCAUGUCAAAUGAUGUUUAUACAUGGAGCUUCCAAAUUUACUGUCAUUGUAUCAACUCUAAAACUCUGUCCACUGUCAUAUUUUCUUUGACAAAAAAACUGUUGUAUGCCCAUAUAUAGUUAUGAUGUGCCUAUAUAUGGUCAUGAUGUGGUGUCAUCAUGACCAUAUUUAGGAUUGUCACAUGUUGUCAAAUAAAAGUUGAUUGUCUGGACAGGACGCUGUAAUCUUCUAUACCUUUGCUGUUUUCUUUACUGCAGAUAUGAUGCCUUCACCAGUGGCAUUUUCUCAAGCUAUCUACAAUGUGUAUCUAUACAGCUUUAUGAAUGGCAGUAUCACAUUUUCACAUUACAGUCACAUGCUCAUAUUUUUCAUGGUUAUUCGCUGCAUCAUAACCAAUCACAAAAUGGAAAACUGAGAAUGUUUAGAUUUUUAGCAGGUAUUUAAGGAUGAAUCUGGGCUCAAAAUUCAGACAUGAACAUGUGAAAAUGGACCUUACAGGCUGAUUUACAUGUGGGCGUGGCACUUACAGGCUGAGAUACAUGUGAGAAUGGCACUACAGGCUGAUAUUUUUGAGGAUGGUGCUUGAAGGGCUGAGGUACAUUUGAGAAUGGCACUUACAGGCUGAGAUGAUAGACACAUAAUAAUUGUUUAUGAGUAUAAGUUGAAAUAUUUUAUGUGGUGAAAGAUAGAUAUAUUCAAUGAGUUUACACCUCAUAGAAUUUAACAUUGCUAUCUUUUACUUUAUGAAAAUUUCUAUCCAAAUAAGAAACAUUCAUUUUUUUUUUAAUUACAGCAUCUAUUGUAUAAAGCUGUCUGUCAUUUUUUGGGUGAAUUUUAUUGUAUUACGCUUUACACUGGCAACAUUAUAUAGAAAUAGAAAAUUCCAUAAAUUAGGCCUACCCAGUUUUGUUUUUUUUUGGUGCACACAGGGUCAAAAUUAAAAAAGAGGUGUGCGGCCAAAAUAAUCAAGCCCUGCGCUUUCAAGCCUUUACAUCAGCACAGUUUAUCAACUACAGUAGAACUUAAAAGGGGACACCAUCAGAACAAAAAGUUUUCCCUUAAUUGGGGUGUCCCCUUAAUAAGGAUGGCCCAAUCAGGGGUUCUAUUGUAGAACUAAAAUUGCAGAGUAAAUAGAAAAUAUAUAUUGAAAAUUUAUGUCGGGCAUGGGAAGUACUGGUUGGAACUUAAUUUAACCUGUCUAAGUGACCUAUAAUUAACCAAUCAAAAAGCAAGUAUCUUAAAGGGUUGAUUAAUUGCAAAUGGAGAAUAAUGCUUGCAAUCGCAUGCACAUAUGUUCAUACUUUACAUGGCCAAAGACUUUUGUGCCUAAAUUGAAUUCUCUAGAAGGCCUCAUUUUUGAGAAUUUUGAAACAUGUAAGCAGAACUGGCACUAAUGGAUUAUUAGGUCUACUGGACAAAAAAAAUGUAAAUGUAUAACAUCAGUAAUCAUAGUAUUAAAAAAAAAACUACUUAAAUUUAACUACAGUAAUUGAAAUAAAAGAUCAAGAAUGAUAUAAUAAAGUCCAUUUGGUAAUUUGACAUAAUAGUUUGUGUAUUAUCACAGCAGCAUCAACAUUUUGCUGUAUUAUUUGUGCUUUAUAUGAAGUAAGGCUUUCGAAGAGGAUCAAAGAUGUACUGCCAAGUAAAUCUGAAAAACUAAAAGGUUUAAAAAAUGAAUUGCUUAUUUUUUUAUAACCUUCAAGUUUUAUAAGCUGUCAACUUUAAUUAAAAUGAAAAAAAAAAUUCCUUUCCAUAUAACAUGCACAUACUGUAAUAGUCAUACAAUUCCUAUAGUCGUACCAUAUACCCUUACAGUUCUACCAAGGAAAUCUAAGCAUUCUCUUGUAAAAUGUCAUUAAAAUCUGAUUCUUCUCCCCCACCCACCUCCUUUUUAUACCCGAUUCACAUGAGAAUAGAUGCUCCCAGUAUAUUUAGUGUAGAUCUAGGGCAUAUCUUCAUGUCUGCAUAUUAAUUGUACCAAAUUAGUUUUUUAGCGAGGCUUUAAUUUUUCAUGUUAAAACGACCAAGGUUUCCAAUAAGAAUAUCUCACAAAAUCCUUGCAACAUUUAGUGUGUGUCCCAUGUAAAUAUUUGUCUCGUGUGAAUUGGGUAUCAUGUACUUUUUUUCGAUGAUCGGUUCAAAUUUUUGUUAGGUCAUUUCCUCACUACUUUUGACCUACUCUAUUUUACUAUUUUUGUGUGCAAGACAAAAUCAUUCCAAAAAGUCGGCGAUGAUUUGUUGAUAAGAUAGUCUAAAGCUUUGUUCACUCUAUCAAAUUUUAUGUGACAAAUAAAUGUGAUAUGCCCAUAUUUGGGUAUAAUAUGACAUUAUCAUGCCCAUUAUGUAUUUGCUGCUUAAAUACAAUUUUCUGUCUAUAAAAUUCUUUCUGAGAAACUUCUGACAAUCAAAUUAUUAUUUUUUCAAUUUGUCCAUUUGUAUCAAAUACAUUUGAAAUACAUUAUUUCAGAUAAAUGUUUAAUAAUCAGUUUGGUAAUUCAUCACAAUUUGUAACACCAACUCCCUGGUAACACUUUCUAAACACCAAUCUAUAGUUGGUUGGCAACAGCAAAGUUAAUUUUAUUAUAUAAAAUAUUUUUUGAGUUAUUUUUAAUCAUGUAUAUUACGGUGAAGCAUGCAAGGUGAAAAAAAGUGAAAAUAUCUAAAUUUAGUUUCAUUUUUGUUGCUUGGACACCAUCUAUUACAGUGAAAUAUAGAUAUUUUAGUACCUUGGUAAAAUUUAUUUAAAAAUAUAAUUAAAAAAAUAUUUUAACUUUUAUAUGUUAAACGGUUAACUGCUGAAAUAAAAGUGAACUUUUUAAUACAAUUACUGUAUUGGUGAACUAAUAUAAGGCAACCCUUAACAUCAAUGGUUUGCUAAGAACUGAGUUUUAUUUUGGUGUGCUGAUUCAUAACAUUUGCAUAUGAUACCAUUUUAAAAAUAGUUACUGUUUAGGUCCUGCAUUUUAACAUGUUGAAUAUAUAAAUGAAGGAAAGUUUGACAUUUCUACAUAAAUACAACGGAGAAAGGUAAAAUAUGCUAGAAUAGAGAAAGGUACCUAAGCAAUAUGUUUUUUUUUUUUUUUAAUCUAACCUUUCCUCCUAUGAAAAUUUAAAUUAUAGAACCUUGAGAAAAACUGCACAAAAGAUGGUCUAUUUAAAUCUGUUUUACCAAAUAUAGUACGUUUUUUAUUAUUAUUUUUUUCUUUUUUGAUAAAUUCACAUUGACCUUGCAUGCCUUACCUUAAGAAGAUUGUUUAUUUUUGGCAGUAACCAUGGCAGUGAGUUCUGUCUGAUUCAUAUGCAUUAUUUAAUAUAUUUCUUUUCUUGCAUAAGAUUAGGAUGAAGAAUGUGAUAUAUUUGAGUAUUUUGGCCUCUUGGAAGCCAGUAUUUUCCAGUCCCUCUAGAUAUUUAUGUGAUGGUUGCUGGAAUAUUAAGUCAAUUGAGAUUUAGAAUAUAUUUCAAACGACUAUUACAUUAGUAUAAUGUACCAUAAAACCUGUUUUCAAGUUAUUGAAACUACAUUAAAACUGAGAGAGUGCAACGAAA